GAGUCUUUCGUAGCUUCUAUACGCGUCUUACCGUUAGAAAAGUUAAAAAAUGAAAACUUCCAUACUUUUUAUGUGCCUGCUAGUAGCUUAUGCAGCAGGUAAUACUAAUGAAACUAUGACUACCUUUUGUAACUACCUGGAAUACUGUUCGAACGAAGUGUCAAAAUACAGAAAUAAGCCAUUCCCGUGUUAUGAUUCUAUCAUAAUAGAUUCUUCAGUAUUGUUUUGUGUAGGGGAAAAAGCUGGCUUGAUACAAAACGGUAAAAUAAUGAUAUCCGAAUGUAUUGAUUAUUGCGACGUGGUUAUAAAAGAAAAUUUCGUGGAGUCUUGUAAGACAGACGUUAGUGAGUGCGUACGUAAAGAUAAAGAUCUAGGACCCUGCUUAGAGGGCAACGAAAUCUACUGUAGGAUAGCAUGUAUUAUAGCGAACGUUAAGCAGGGUAACAUUAAGUAUAAAUGUACAAUACCAGCGAUGAACGCGAAAAAAAAUUAUUAGUCGAAAAUAUCAAUACCACUAAUUAUAUAAUUUUAACCUUAUACCAAUAUUGUAUACGAAAUAAUUAUCUGCACACUUAUAACUCUACGAUGUCUCUGUAAUUAUCGUAGUUAGUAAAUUAGAAUCAAUAUGUUGCACUAAAAAUAA